AAUUUUCUCCGGUAACCAUGUCAACAAGAAUUUAGGCAGUUAUGGAGGGUAAUGGACUUAUGAACACCCUGAACGUUAGUCGCUUUGCAUCCUCGGAAAACUUUGUUUUCCUGCCGCAGUUUUCCAAGAGGAGCGUGCUUGUUAGGCAGUAGAAACACCCAUCUCUGAAGAGUCCCAGAAGUCUUCAUCCUUAUAUCUGUAAAGGAGCACCGAACAAGAUGCAGCAGCUGGACGACGGCGAGCCCAAGAAGAAGCUGAACCCCUACCUUCUCUUCUGCGUCUCAACAGCAGCGAUCGGCUCACUGCAGUUUGGAUACAACACAGGCGUCAUCAAUGCACCUGAGCUGAAAUUACGAGCCUUUUUCGAGAAUGUGUCCAGUGAGCGCUACGGACAGCCCUUUCCCCCGGGAUCCAUCACCAUAGUGUGGAGCUUUGCUGUGGCCGUUUUCAGUGUGGGUGGCAUGAUCGGGUCGCUCUCUGUCGGAGUCAUUGUGAACAAGUUCGGCAGGCGAAAAUCGAUGCUGUUUUCGAACGUCCUGGCUCUGUUGGGCGGUGGUCUGAUGGGACUGUCGUCUCUCUGUCGCUCCUUUGAGAUGAUCAUCCUUGGUCGAUUGGUCAUAGGUGUUUUCUGCGGUCUCUGCACUGGUCUGACCCCGAUGUACCUGGGCGAAAUCUCCCCAACCGCCCUGCGAGGAGCCUUUGGCACCCUGCACCAGCUGGGUGUUGUUAUUGGAAUCCUUGUGGCGCAGAUCUUCGGCCUGGAGGCUGCUUUGGGAUCAGACCGUCUGUGGCCUUUGCUGCUCGCUCUUACCAUCCUGCCGGCCCUGAUACAGAGCGCCAUGCUCCCUUUCUGCCCUGAAAGUCCUCGCUACCUCCUCAUCGUCCUCAACGAAGAGGAAGAGGCCAGGAAAGCCCUUGAGCGUCUGCGCGGCACCGAUGAUGUGAACAAUGACAUUAAGGAGAUGAAGGAGGAGGGCAUGAAGAUGGCUAUGGAGAAGAAAGUGUCUAUACCCGAACUCUUCCGCUCACCAAAGUACCGCCAGCCGAUCAUCAUCGCCAUCGUCCUGCAGCUCUCCCAGCAGCUGUCUGGCAUCAACGCUGUUUUCUACUACUCGACAGGCAUAUUUAAAACUGCUGGUGUCCCUCAGCCCAUCUAUGCCACCAUCGGCGCCGGCGUCGUCAACACUGUCUUCACCGUCGUCUCUCUGUUCCUCGUCGAGCGGGCCGGAAGAAGGACGCUGCACCUGGUUGGACUGGCAGGAAUGGCGGUCUCUGCCCUCCUCAUGACCAUCUUCCUGUCCUUAGUGAAAAGCAACCAGGUUAUGAGUUACCUGGCUAUCGUGGCUGUGUUCACCUUCGUCGCCAGCUUCGAGAUGGGUCCGGGUCCCAUCCCUUGGUUUAUCGUUGCUGAGCUCUUCUCUCAGGGGCCUCGACCUGCAGCCAUGGCCGUUUCUGGCUGCUCCAACUGGACCGCCAACUUCUUGGUGGGGCUGGGAUUUCCUCUACUGGAGGAACUUUGCGGCCCGUUUGUUUUCCUCAUCUUUUUGGUCCUCCUCAUCCUCUUCUUCAUCUUCACCUACCUGCGAGUCCCUGAAACCAAAGGACGGACCUUCGAUGAAAUCGAGCAGGGAUUCGCCGCCAAAUCCACUCCCUCGUCGGCGCCUGUCUCUGAGCCCAUGCCCUCCACAUAAUAACUUCCCACGGUGGAUCUACCUUCAGAGAACCAGUAAUAAAAUUGGUUGGUAUGGAGGGAAAAUAAAUUGCAGCUUCUUCCUGCAAGAGUCAAAAUGAUACUCUACUCUCUUUAAAUUAUCUUGUACAGUACUUCCCCCAUGAAGAAUAGGUUUAGAAUUAAUGAAGCCUAGGGUUAAUCCUGACCAAACUUGACUACUGCACCAGUGCUUACUUAGUGUUUAAGGACAUCUUCAGCCCUGGCUCGUCUCAUUGUGCCACAUAAGAGGAUCAAUGUAUGUUUGAAUUUUCAGCUGCCCACAGUGUUCAAAGGUUGCAGGCAUUACUGAGUUUAUGUAUUGAGGUCAAGCCUGAAAAGCUGGUAUUGGAUGAAGUCAGUUUGGUCCCUAAAUGAAUUAAAGAAUUAAAAAAAGUCCCUUUGAAAAAACACUUUGCUUUGCUGCCACCGGACGACAAGGCUGAGUAAAAGCAGAGAAAGCACUGCAAGAAAGACCCCCUAUGAGCAUGAAAAAUGUCAUUUUUAUACACUGAAGACAUAUUUUUAAGCACAUAAAGGACAUUUCUCCUUGCUGUCACUGAUACCUCAUGACAGCAUUCUUCCAUGUUUUGGAGGUUUUAAAUUUUGCAUUCAGCUGUGUUUGUGCUGAUAAGGAAACAGGACAAGAACAAGCUCGUAGGGGACUUGCAGUAAAUAUAAAAUUUUUUGUAAAUGCUCCCUGAAUUUAAAAAUAAAACACUGUGUUAAAAGUGUUUUCUUCCCUAAAGACCGAGCGUAAGCUUUACGGCUCCGGUUUAAGGAUUUUACUGCAGAAAACGAUGUUGAUGACAAGAAAAAAAAAAAAAUCCUGCCCUAACCUAGUUCUUUACAUCAUGCGUACCCGGUUAAAUUAAAGAAACUCAGGUUGUUCAUUUCCUCUUUUUUGUAAAUGUUUUAAGGUUUAAAUGUACUUGAAAUUAUGUUGGCAAAAACUACUGGAUCGCAGGUCAUCUUAUCAUCUACGAAACAUUGUUUUGCCCAUUUGAAAUAACGUGUUCUCAUUAGUCCUGUCUACUUACAACUUACUGUACAACACAUCCUGUAAGUCACCAGCCUUGUGAGAUUGUGAUGUUGACUAGAGACACUAAAUGGACUGUAUUUAUUUCUGUGUUUAACACACAGAAUGUGUCAUUAAAUGUGUGUUAAAUUGUUACUGAUAACACGAGAUCACGUGUGAAUAUUCUGUAGACUCAAGUUGCUGCAUCAAGAUCAGCUGGUUUAGGCUUUGCUCCAAACCAGGUUGAUUCUUGUACUGUUGCAUUUUCCUUCCGGGUUUGCAUAAACUGAACGAGGAAGCGCUUUUCUUAGUUUCAGCUUUUCACUUUGCAUUCACCAGUCAGACUCCUUUCUAAUAAUAUUUAUUCUGAAAUUUGUCUCUUCCUGGUUUACGGAACUUGUUUUAUUCUCUUUUUGUCUCAUGUUUUGCUUUUAGUCUCAUGUUUUGUCUUUUUUUUUUUUGUUCUUUGCACAAUUGUUAAAGACAACGCGUUAAUGCUGCUUUGCCAUUCACGACAUUCACAUGUACAAUUUGUAUAUUUUGCUGUUGUAAUAGAAUAUUUGUGUAAAUAAAGCCAGUCCAACUACA